GAGCGAUCCCGAGCCCCAGACGCAGAAAACCUGCCACACCAGUUCAGCGAUCAGUUGCUGCCAUGGAAGUGUGGUUGAUGUUGUGUUUAAUUCCUGCGCUAGGACGCGCAGCGCUCUCGGGCCUUUACGUGGAUAACGGCGUGGACCGCACAGUGAUGGCACGAACCCUGACCAGGAGCGAGCGUCGCGAGGUGGAACACGAAAUCCUUAGCCUGCUGGGACUCUCCAGUCGCCCCCAGCGCGCCCCGCCCGAUAGCGCAGCGCCCCAGUUCCUGCUCGAUGUGUAUAAGUCCUUACUUGACGCGCCCCUAGACGACUUGAACCUGAGCGGGCGCGAUCUUAACGCCAUUAAUGAGAGUGACGUCAUCAUGAGCUUCGCUAGUCGCAGCGAGGCCCACCUGAGCGGAUUACGGCACGAAAGAGGGCGACGUCUCUGGUUCGAUGUGAGCGAAGUGCCAGUCGGGGAGCGCAUCGUGAGCUCAGAAUUGCGACUGUUCCUGUCAGAAGGCACCGCUCUGCAGCGGGCAACCGUCAGCGUAUACCAGCUAGUAGCAGAUGACGGGGGAGACAACGCUCUGAUGCUGGUUGACAGUGUUUCUGCGGGCCCCGCGGGAGGCUGGCUCGUCCUCAACGUGACAGGCCCCUUCAGCUCCUGGGUAGCCUUCCCGGAUUCGAACCUGGGGCUGUACCUCUCAGUGCAUCUGCCCGACAACCCAGCUCAUGAGAUCAACCCAGAAGACAUUGGGAUUGUGAGCUCAAAGAUGGAUGCCAAAAGGCAGCCAUUCAUGGUGGCGUUCUUCCAGUCAUCUGGACAUCACAUGGCACACUCCCGCAAAACACGAGAGACCCAGCGGCGCACAAAGAAGAAGGCUGACACAUCAGCAGCAGAGAGCAGUUACUCCCCACGUACAUUCACAGAUUCAUCAAUUCACUGGUCUUCCAGAAGCUGCCAGAUACAGACACUGUAUGUGAGCUUCAGGGAUUUAGAAUGGCAUGACUGGAUAAUAGCACCAAAUGGAUAUGAUGCCUUUUACUGCAGUGGUGAAUGUAACUUUCCACUAAAUGCUCAUAUGAAUGCUACAAAUCAUGCAAUCGUUCAGACACUGGUGCACCUAAUGAAUCCUUCACAGGUGCCAAAGCCUUGCUGUGCUCCAACAAAGCUGUCACCAAUAUCUGUGCUCUAUUUUCUGGAUGAGUCAAAUGUGAUCCUCAAGAAGUACAAGAACAUGGUGGUUAAGAGCUGUGGAUGCCACUGAAGUUAAGAUAACAGGACAUUUAGAUGACUGCCUUGUACCUUUUUAUAUAACUAGUUUGAAGCAAAACAAAGUGAUAGGCAAGACUCAGCUAUAUUUAAAACUGAACCUUGCAUCAUGAAACAGUGACAGUUAGUUGUGAGGAAACGGUAUUCAAGUGAAGGCAUGACUGCUGGUUUAUAGAAAUGCAGGAAACAGAAACGUAGAGUGGCGCAAAAGUCGCAUUACAGUUUAAGAUACUUCUGUAUUACUGUAAACUAUUUUAAAAAUUGUUCAGUUGGUAACCACCAUGCUGGGUAAGUAGUUCACAAAUCAAAUGGAUACCCUGGUCAAGGUCACAACGCCACUUAGUCAUGUGCUAAUCAGGGGCAACUUGAUGAAGUUGGGUCGGUGAUAUCCCAGACAGAAAGAAAUAGAGAAAUACACAUUAUGAAAUCGCUAGACCUACUCUAUACAGAAACAACACAUGCAUUUAAUCAUGAU